GACAGUAGAAUCGCGAUUCCGCUCGCAUUUUCGGAGUCAUGAACAGAGAAAGUAAUGAAAACGGUAACAAAAACGCGAAGGAGCAGUCGCGGUGUUUCGUCUGCGACGCCGAGGUCCUCGGCCGCUUCUAUGCCUUGCCCACGUGCAGAACGCAAAGCUCGCGGACCAGGGUAAUCGAGAAACUCGGAGAAUUGGUUGGCGAGGGAUACAUGGUCGUGAUAUCCGAGGAUGACGUGAUAUGCCGCAGCUGCGGCAUCCUCGUUAACACCCUCGAUCGACUGGAGACGGAGAUGCGCCAGGCGCGCGACUACAUUCUGCGUUUCCUGGAGAAAAAAUAUUCCCUGGCAGAUGGGGAGCUACGUGCUAAUGACGACAAGCCGAAGCCGUGUCAACCGCCGCAGAUCACGAAGUCCGAGGCGAAAGAGACGUCCAACUCGAAUUCUGGAAACAAGAAGACAUUGGCGAAAACUCAGACCUGGCUGCAAUGCGACAAGUGUAAAUACACCACACAUCUCAAUUCCUUUAUGAUGCAGCACUUGAGAGAUCACAUCACGGAAAAGAUAGUCACUAAUCUUCGUGAGAACAUCUCGGAGAGCCAUCAGGAAAGUAAAAAGCGCAAUUGCAGCAAAGCAAACGACUUGGGGAACAAAGAGAAUGAAACAGAUAAUUCUGACAUUAUUAUCAAUAAGGAUGAGGCGAUGAAGUUAACAUUUUUGCAGCCGACUCACUCAAUCUUGCCUCGGGCAAUCUCAGUCACUCAAACCACACCGCCACCACUGAUAAGUUUCUCAAAUUACGAUCAUCCGUAUGCAUCUAAUGCAUUAAGUGGCAUACCAACAAAUAUUUCCACGUUAUCCCGGGAACCAAUUUAUGUUCUGCAACAAAUUGACAUGACUGAUAUUGACAAUUCGGGGAAGGUGACAAGAUCAGAUAUAAGUUCCAUGGAGAUAGAAUCGAUGGACAAGAGCGAAGAUAAAAAGCAGAUAACUUUGAAGGAAGGAAGUCUGGAAGUGACGGAGGUACCUUGGAGUGAGAUGGAAGUGUCGAAUAUCGAAUCGACGAUAGUGUUUGAGUAACUGUAAAGAAGUCAGAAGCACUUCAGUAUUAUCAUUUGGUUGCUCUUAUCGAUUGUAUUUAUCGACAAAACUCUCAUAGUAAAAAUUUAUAUGCAAAAUUUUGUUACAAUUCCGAUGUUAUAUAUGAGGUAACUUGUAAUGCGUGAAUUUCUGCAUGAUAUUCGCAAUGAUAGUUGCGAAUUCCGCUGAUGAGAAUUGCAUCGGUUAUACAUCGGUUAUUAGUAGACUCACGGUUUGAAAGAGCAUUAAUUUCUUUCAAUGAAUAUGCAUUUCCUUGCAAAUGCAUUAAUAAUAUAAAUGUGCAAACAACUGUUCGCGUACCCAUACGACGAGCUGUGCCGCUGUGAUGCAUACCGAAGAUACGUGUGUAUUAAAGCUGUUUAAAGAAAUUUAAAGAAUAUAUACUGUAUAACGCAUGUGUAUUGAUAGUUGGGCUAUGUAUCAAUCUUUUCAAAGAUCGUUUCUUAUUAAAAAAAAACAUUACAAUAAGAA